GCAUUUUUUAGGGGAAAACCAAAAACGGGUAAAGCAAAUUUGCUCUGAAAAAAUACAAUCAAUAUACACAGUAUAAUAACAGUUUUAAUAGGUUUUUUUCCAGUUUUUUUUUUUCAUUUAUUUGUUUAUUAAUCGUGUUUGUGAAACAUGAGAAGUAACGCUCAAGUAGAACUACACUUUAACAUUGUUUCGGCGAAGGACUACUAUUACAAUGUACGCAUUUGACUGGUCAAAAUGACUCAAUAUGAAAAUACAAGCGGAUCGGAAGUAAAGAUAAACUGAAUUGUGAAGCUUGGUUAAGAUAUGCAAAAAACGGAAAUAAGGUCUCUUUAAAGGAUGUUGAACGGAAAUAGGUUUAAACCUAAUAUCAAGUAAAGUUAAUCAUUUACUAGUAUAUCUAUGUAGUGCGAGCAUACAUACAUUGUACAUGUUUUGAGCAACUUAUAAGUAGAUUUCUGAUAACAAAAACGGUGCAUAUAUGGGUGUUAAACGGAUAUAACACGAAAUGUAUGGAUUUUAUUACAAUUAAACACUGAAUAUUUUGGAUAAUCCUUACUUAUGAUAUUAUUAUUUUUACUUAUAAAAAUGGUAAAGUUUCGUUAACAAUAUAAAAAAUUAAUAUUGCUGGACUGUACAUUUAUAUAAACUAAGAAAUAAUAAAUAAAUAGUAGUUCUUGAAUUAAAAAAAAAGGAAAAUAUUUGAGUUUGAAAUGGCUCGUGACACAUGUUAUGACAACGUGCUUAAUGUGCUUAAGUACGGUUGCAUUGUGCUCUUUGCUAUACAAGUUGCGGUUGUUUUGAGUUAUAACAUUGAAACUAAUCCGAAAAAAGUCGGAAAAGCUGAAGGUGAAAAGGAUUCCCAAUUUGGAUACACCGUUGCAAUUAUUCGUAAACCGGGUUGGACCACUGGAGAUAAAAGCUUUCAUGAUAAAGAACUUUUGGUAGGGGCGCCAAAUUUAACCUACAAAAAAAUCAUCGGCCAUGGUCAGGCAACUCGAUGUAUGACACCGACAAGUGAGAAUAUCACCUGCACUUCCCUUGACCUCGAGGAUCCUUUUAACAUGUGUGCAAGAUUAAAGAAAACCAAAACUGACUGUACAUUUGAAAGCAGACUUGGAGCGACAAUAGAAGUAAACCGAAAGUAUAAUAAAAAUAAUAGAGCCGAUAUGGUUACUGUAAGUGUUUAAAAUUACUGUAUGUCG